CUUUAGGAAAUGCAAGGUUAGUUUAUUGAGUAUGUAUAGUUUCUGAGCUUAUUUUUAGAAGCUUGUUUGUCUUCUAGAGCUAGAUAGUAGUUUAGGAAAUACACUUGGGCAUGGGCAGACCGUUCGUGUGACAGCCGUGAGCAGCGCCACUUUCUCGGAGUGACAACCCAGGCGAACGCCUUCAGCAACAGAAAAUGGUCCUUAUGAUUAUACUCGAAGUGGAAAUCCUACACGAGAUGUUCUUGAAAGCCUUUUGGCCAAGCUGGAUAAAGCAGAUCGUGCUUUUUGCUUCACUAGUGGAAUGGCUGCUCUGUCUGCUGUAGCCCAUCUUGUUGGGACUGGUGAAGAGAUUGUUGUUGGAGAUGACAUUUAUGGUGGUUCUGAUAGGUUGCUGUCAAAAGUAAUUCCAAAGACAGGGGUCGUGGUGAAACGAGUUGAUACAACUAGUUUAGAUGAAAUAGCAUCUGCAAUUGGUCCCUGGACAAAGCUUGUCUGACUGGAGAGUCCCACAAAUCCUCGACAAAUGGUUUCUAAUAUUCGUGAAAUAGUUAAAAUGGCUCAUGCUCAUGAUGCUCUUGUCUUGGUGGAUAACAGUAUAAUGUCUCCUGUAGUGUCACAACCUCUGGAACUAGGAGCUGACAUUGUUAUGCACUCAGCUACCAAGUUCAUUGCUGGGCACAGUGAUGUGAUGGCAGGUGUACUGGCUGUAAGAGGGGAAAGAUUAGCAAAAGAGUUGUACUUUCUACAAAAUGCAGAAGGGUCUGGGUUGGCUCCAUUUGAUUGUUGGCUCUGCUUACGAGGAAUUAAGACAAUGGCUUUACGAAUUGAGAAGCAGCAGGUAUAUUGAGAUGAUUUCUUUGGAGCAAUUCUUGACAACAUUUGUAGUUAAGGCCUUUAGAAUGGAAGAAUGUAUUUCACUAAUUUUUGUAUACAUUUCUUGUUUUGUAUUUAGUGAUAAAGGAAUCUGAAUUGGGCAUAAAUUAUGUUGUAAUAUGAUUUCUUAAGCCUAGACUAGUAGACUAAAUAUUGUAAUUACAUUUGAGUAAUUAAUAAAAAUUUAUUUAUGUUA